ACAGUGGCUAUCAAGAAAAGGUCCAGAGUUCCUGGGGUUAUGAUCACUCAGUAUGUUGAGGUACUGCCUGCAGGAAAGUCAACACCUGACUUCACCCGGAAGCCUAUGGCUGUAACUGUUCAAGAGGGUAAAAAAGCGAUGUUCAAAGCUAUGGUUAGUGGAGAGCCGGCACCAACUGUAACAUGGGGGCGUAAAAAGGGCAACAUUGAUGACCCAGAAAAGUUCAAAACCAGAUAUGAUCAAAGAGCUCAAGAGCACAUUCUUGAGAUACUCACUGUAAAACCUGAUCAAGCAGACACCUACAAAUGCUUUGUCACCAAUGAGUAUGGACAGGCUAUCUGCACUGCACCUCUUAGUGUUAUUGAAGUUGGCAUCAAGAAGAAAGGCAAAGCAGAUGGACAAACACCACAAGAUUUCAGAUCGAUGCUUAAGAAAACUGUUGUUGUCACCAGAAAAAAACAACUCCCACCAAAAAAAGAGGGAGAAAUUGAUCCUAAGCUCUGGGAACUGCUUCUCAGUGCACCAAAGAAGGACUAUGAAAAAAUCUGUUUGGACUUUGGCGUUACUGACUUUCGCUGGAUGCUGAAGAGACUCAACCAGAUGAAAAAGGAAAGGAAAGAUGAGCAAGCAAAGGUUGUGGAGACACUGGAAAAUGUGAAACAAAUAGAAGUAAAACCCAAUGGAAAAGCCGAAUUUAGCCUCGACAUGAAACUAUGGGAUCCCAACAGUACAAUUAACUUAUACAAGGAUGGAACAUUGGUUCCAUAUGGUGAUGAUGAAAAUUCAAAACACAGCCUUAAGAAAACAGGGACAAAGUAUGUUUUCAGCAUCAAAAGUCCUCAGCCAGAAGAUUCUGGAUUUUACCAGGUUGAUGUUGAAGAGGCCAAUGUCCUUGCAACUGACUUUCAAGUGCCUGCUGUGGACUUCAUAGCAAAGAUUAAAGACGUGAAGGCCUUUGAAAGUGAGGACGCCAUCUUUCAAUGUCUCUUGUCAACACCCCUCAACAGAAUUACCUGGUCAAAACAGGACUCGUCACUUGAACAUGGUGGGAAAUAUGAGAUCACUGUCUCAGAGGACAAACUUAUUCACACGUUGAGAGUUAAAGAUUGUAAAAUGGCAGAUAAUGGAGCAUAUUAUGCUAUUGCUGGGAUAACUUCCAGCAGUGCCUCACUCACAGUGGAAGAUCGAGGCGUUCAGUUUGUCAGUGGGCUGUCCGAUACUGUUGCUAAUAUUGGUGAACGGGCAGAGCUAACUUGCAAACUAACAAGUGAGACCUCUGAGGGACGUUGGUAUAAAGAUGGGAAGCUGAUAACCAAUGAGGAUGGGGUAAUAAUUAUCAAAGAUGGAGCCUGUCACACGUUGAUAAUUGAUUGCUGUAAAAAAGAUGAUGGAGCUGUGUACCGCUUUGAAGCUGAAGGCCGUAAAUCAGAAGCAACACUUAAUAUUCAAGACCCACCAAAAAUCGACGCUGAGGCUCUAGGAAAUUUCACAAAGCCAGUCAUUAUAAAGGCAGGUGAAAAUGCAGAAUGGAAGCUGCCAUUCUCAGGUGGGGGACCAAUGAAUAUACAAUGGUACAAGGAUGGCGACGAGCUUUUGCCUGCUCUCAAUGUGAAGAUUGAAAUAUCAGCUACUGAGAGCAGACUACACCUUGCUAAGUGCCAAAGGAAAGAUGGUGGAGAGAUCAAAAUAAAAAUAAAAAAUGCAUUUGGUACAACAGAAGCAAUUUCCAAACUUAUAGUACUGGGUUAUCCUGGACCCCCGACAGCACCUAAAGUGAUCAGUGCCUUUAAAGACUGCAUCAAUCUGACAUGGUGUCCUCCAUGUGACACUGGAGGGACCAAAAUAGUGGGAUACAAUUUGGAAAAGAACAAGAAAGGCACUAAUUACUGGAGCCUCGUAAACCAAGGAGGGCCCAUUACAGGCACAAAGUAUGCAGUGAAAGAUGUUUUUGAAGGGGCAGCAUAUGAAUUUAGGGUGUCUGCUAUCAACCUAUCCGGUGCUGGAGAUCCUAGUAUUCCAUGUGACACAGUAAUUGCAAGAGAUCCAAUGAAACCCCCAGGCAAAGUCACAGACCUGAAAUUAACAUCCUCCAAUUACACGACAUUUUCACUGGCUUGGACUAAACCUAAGGAAAUCAAAGGAGUAGAGGAGGAAGCCCAAGGGUACUACGUGGAGAUCAGACCAAUAGAGAGCCUUGAAUGGACCCGCUGUAAUGCCAUCCCAAUUACUCUAACUUCCUACACCGUGCUUGGCCUCAAGGCAAUGGCCACAUACUGGGUGAGAGUAAUUGCCACCAAUUAUGGAGGUGAUGGAGAACCUCAGGGCUUUGACAAUUACAUCAUUGCCAUGCCUCCUCCUGUAAGGCCAAAGUUUAAAGAUCGCAACAUGAAGAACUUUGUGGUGGUAAAAUCUGGGAACACAGUCCGUCUGAACGUCAACUUUGAGGCAUCCCCCCUGCCAGAUAUUUCUUGGCUAAAAGAUGGUAUUCCGGUGCCCAAACACGUAACAAUUACCAACUCUGAUAAAGGCUCUCAACUGUUAAUCCCAACAUCCGAGCGGCCUGACAGUGGCAUCUACACCAUCACUGUCAAGAACAUGGUUGGCCAGGAGAGCUUUAAUAUUGAAAUUAGAGUUACAGAUGAUCCAAGGGCUCCAGGUCCAGUGGAGCUGGAUCAGAACAUCCCAGGAACAGUGACUCUGUCCUGGACUCCCUCUCCAGAUGAGAGAAGGGAUGACAGACUGCACUACAUGGUAUCCAAGCGGGACUCCUUCAAACGCACUUGGAGGACAGUGGCAGACAAUCUCUUCAACAAUAAGUUCACAGUUGUCAACAUUCUGCCUGGACGAGAGUAUUACUUCAGGGUAUUUGCUAAAAAUGACAUGGGUCUUUCACCGCCUUCUGAAUCCCCUGUGUUUAAAACCAAAAAGGAAAAAGGAAAAUUCAAAGUCAACACGCCAGUGACAAAACCCUUAGAUUUCCAGUCACCUCCAGCAUUUAUUGUUCCCCUGAAGAGGCGUACUGCUCCACAGGGUUACGAGUGCUACAUGAGCUGUGCAGUUAAGGGUGAUCCAGCUCCACGCGUGACCUGGUACUGCAACAAUAUCAGCCUGAACACAAACACCAACUACCAUAUCACCAAUGUAUGUGGAGUCUGCUCCAUGCUCAUACUGAGGGUAGGGCCCAAAGACAACGGGGAAUACAAAGUCAUUAUUGAGAACAAACUGGGGAGAGCGGAGUCCUCAAUGACACUCAGUGUCAGAGGUAUUAACACACAAGAAUUGGACAUUUUUCCAUAA